AUGACUGUCAAGAUCACCAUCAAAAAUGCAGGGAAAACCCACGAGAUUGAGCUUCAGGAUGACGAUGUCGGUAAAGCAUUGAAGCUUGCAAUUCAAAAGAAAACGCUUAUACCGCCUGAGCGUCAGAAGAUUUUGAUUAAGGGUGGUAAGGUCAACGACGACACUCCAGUUUCAAAGCUUGAUUUGUCUAAGCCAAUCAUGGUCUUAGGUACUCCGGAUAAGGAGCUUCCGCAAAAGCCUGUUGAAAAAGUUGUGUUCUUGGAGGAUUUAAAACAAGUUAUGCUGACAAACAAUGAACCUACUGGGCUCACCAAUUUGGGUAACACGUGCUAUUUGAACUCCUCCUUACAGGCAUUAUUCAACAUAGCUGAUGUCAAAAAAGCUGUUAAGUCCUAUCAGGGUGGAUCCAACGCACUUAUCAACUCCAUGAAAGAGUUAUUCAACCGUAUGGAAAAGAAAGAACAACGAAUUUCACCCCAAUUAUUCUUGAUCAUGUUUCGUCAAUUGUUCCCACAAUUUGCGGAGAGAGACACAAUGGGAUACAAACAACAGGAUGCGGAGGAAGCGUUUUCUCAGAUAUUGAGUGAGUUAAGAAGGGAAUUUGGUCUCGACGAUGAUUUUAAGAUUACCUUCAAAAACAUCACUAAAUGUACCGCUGCAACACAAGAAGAAGAAAUCGUGACCUUUGAGGAUGCUUAUAAGCUUAAUUGCCACAUCGACAUCAAGAUUAAUUUUUUACGAGACGGUAUUUUAAUGGGGUUGAGGGAGACUAUUGAACGUCACAGUGAUACGUUGGGUCAAAAUGCGGAAUAUGAGGUGUCACGCACGAUAACCCGGUUACCCAAGUAUCUCACCGUUCAUUUUGUCAGAUUUUUCUGGAAAAGGGAGACCUCCACUAAGCUGAAGAUUCUUCGGAAGGUCCAAUUUCCAUUUGAACUUGACUUAGCUGAAAUGUUGGACCCGCUGAUCAAGCAAGAGAAGAUCGAAAUGCGUGAUAAGUUUCGAAAAGUUUCGAAGGACAAUGAGGAGGUGGUUCGUGACUUCAAAAAGCAAAAGCGGGAUCCUGCAUUGACCCCCAUGGAGCAAAUGGAGGAAGAGAAGUUGAAGAUAGAAUCGAUCAAAACGAAGUUUCGUGACGACAUUCAGCUGAUCCUGAAGGUUGAUAUUGAUUCCACUACUGAAAACCCGUCUUCUGUCUAUGAAUUGCAAGCUGUAAUCACUCACCAGGGCUCAACGGCAGAAUCAGGGCAUUAUCAAGCGUUUGUCAAAGAUAACGAAGGCUUGGAAGACGAUCUUUGGUGGAAGUUCAAUGACGACAAAGUGUCUAAAGUCUCUCAAGAUAAAAUCGAGCAAUUAGCCGGUGGCGGGGAGUCGGAUCUGGCUUUAAUACUUAUCUACAGAGCCGCAGGAUUAGAAUAG